GGAGCGCCGCUAUGGCGGAGGCCGGCAUCGUGCGUGUCCGGCACUGCGGCGCCGCCAUCUUCAGCCGGCGGGUCCCGGAGAGCUGUCCGGACUGCGGCCGCCCCCUGCGCGGCCCCGACCUGCCCGACGCCCCGCUGCGCCUGCCCAGCCCCUUCCGACACGGACACCGCCAGCCCCGCGCCUUCCUCCUGCGGCCCACGGCCGGAACCUUCCUCGGAGGAUACGACGGGAAAUCUGAUCUUCAUGUUGGAAUAACCAACAGUAAUGGCGUGGUGUAUAAUUACGAUGCAGAGGGCGUUCAGAGAGCUGGGACGGGCUGGGAGCAGUGCAUCAGUGUCCCGCUGGUACAGCCACACAUGUUUGGGCUGCUGCAGCAGUGGGAUCAGCUCCUGGAGGAGUUUUCCGCGGGACAGGCCUGGCUGCCUCACAGGUAUGAUGAACAUGAGCACAACUGCUACACAUACGCACUGGCAUUCAUUAACAGCAUCCUGACCGCACAGGGCAAACGGGAAAUGAGUAAAAGUGAAUUUACAGAGAGAUUUGUGAUCCCACAGACAAAGAGAGCUGCUCGAUACAUCACCGUGCACCAGGAGCUAGCAGCUAACGAGUUCUACAUUGUUCCCCUUCCCCAGCAGGAAGAACUGGGCUGAACGUGACAAGCUGCUAUAUUAAAACAUCUACAACCUGCAACAGGAAAAAAGUCUUCAGACUCCAAAUCUCAGGGAUUACGAUGCAUGAUCUACUAACGUAUUUAAUCGCACAAUUAACUUACACAUUGACCUGCACUUUGUGGAAGGAUCAGGCACCUGAACUUGUGCAUGUGAAUGAAUAACAUAGAUACAAUGUACACACUACAGAAAAUUUCCUUGGGAACUAUUCCUAUGGAAAACAGCUCCAUUUAAAUCACCAUAUGGUCUGUUCUGCCAGGACAUUCAAUACCACAAAUCGUAACUGCUGUGUAGUUAAGGGUUUAACAAGUGAACUGUGGUAACUAAAGCUGUAGCAAACAAAAAUGGUGGUUGGUUUUUUUUUCCUGUCACAUUUGUUCACUGAUGAGUGGAAAAAAAGGGAAUUUGUGCUUGUGUGCUACUGAAAUCCAAAGUCCACAACUUAAUGCAGAUUCACGACAUGCAAGGUUAUUUUCCUUUUCUUUAAUUACUAAUAAAUAUAACAAGUAAAUCCUG